UUAGUUUUGGCAUGUAGAAUAACGCUGAACAUAAAGGGUCCAGUUCCGUCCUUUUGAAUAUAAGCUUUUAUAAUAUUUAGCUGAUAUUCUUAUGGAAAGUGCGAAUUGAGAAUCAAAUAAUUGUCCAGACAAGUUGCAUGCAUUGCAGCAAGCUCUCUCUUUCCAACAUAACAGUUCAUUUCAUGAUGCAUUUUGCUGCUAGCCAAAUGAUUCUCAAUUCCACUCUGAAUGGCGGCUGACACACAUCCGUAAUCCGUAUGUUUAGUGUUUUCCUUUAUAAAUUUCUGUCAAUUAAAUAACAACUACUUGUUACAUUCUAAAUACUUGGUUCUCCGUAUGCUUAUUGACCUGACUCAAUUGAAGUUUGAAAUUCCGAAUUCUGAUUUUUAAAAUCACAAGUUACAUUACUGCUAGAGGAGUUAAAUUUGCUCAAGUCGACGUCCAACACAUCUUGCGGCUAUUACAAUUUUUAAUCAUGGUUGGAACUAAUGUGAACCCACUGACCGCAAGUAUGGUUCCGAUCAGUAUUAAGAUUGGAGGCAGUGGUCGCCCAGUCCAGUCCAAGGAGUUACAAUCGUUAUCAAACAAGUGCAUUCUGCUGGACGUCACCACAACAUGGUAUAAUGCGUUCCUUUCGCAUUUUAAUGUCUCCGUUGAUCCACAAAUUUAUUCCGUUCAAAGGGGUACAAGCGAAGGCCCACCUGUCAAGCACAACUUACAUGAAUCGAUCAAAAUUUUGAUGAGAGAAUUUAAAAAACCAAGAAAAGAAUUUGCAGUAUACAUUGUGGAGAAUCAAAAAAUUCAAACAAAGAGGUCACCAGUCCCACGAACCGACGCUGUCAGGAAAUCAGCACCAAAAGCUGGACUCAACCAUGAGCUUUUCAUCGGUGGUGGGCAUAGAUAUAAUGAAAAAAUUCUCAGUUCUGCAAAGAAAAAUCUGUUGCAAGCUCAGCCUCGGUACAGCAACGUUAUGCCGUCAUCAGGUACUGCUCUAUCCAACAAACACAACUCGUUUUCAGAUCACCGACAAGGAGAACGCAAUAAACGACCAGCUCAACGGCCUCCAGCAGGAAUGCCAGUUACACAACGACCACGUUUUGCUGAAGACGACAUGAUUUUUUCAAGCAAUGGGCAUAAUCGAAAUGGUGCGCAUAAUGGAUAUGACAACAAUGACGACGACAAUCGAAGUGAUAUUACAUCUGCAAGUCAGGACUCGCAAAUGGAGGACUUGCACGAAUUAGGAAUUGCUUACGAGGAUAUUAAGGCAUCUUUUUGCAAAAAGGCAAAAAGGAAUAUCUCAAAUACGCAAUUCCUGAUGGCUCGAAACGAACUUGAGCAACUGAAGAAAAACCAUAGCAGCCGUUGGAGCCGUUGGACGACAGCUGUCCCAAUCACGGCGAAUGUUGUCCGGGAUUUGCUGAAUGUCUAGCAAUACAUAGGUUAAAAAAGUUGGACAUGUACUAAAGUCGACAGUUUAUUUUGUAUAUUUAUUUAUUUAUCUUCAAUGUUUCUACUUUAUAAUGGUGAGUGCAAUUCUUAGAUUAUGUAUGACUAUGAUUAUGAUUGGUGAGUCAUGUCGUUAAAAUCUUUAAUAUUUUACACCAAUAACGCUUGGUGUUUUUAGUUGGACAAUUUUUGAUUCGCUUCCCUUCACUUCAAUUCAAGUUUUUUUUUCAAGAAUGAUUACAAAUAUCAUCCCAUUAACUCGACAUGCAAAUAUUGUACUGGUAAUUGAAUUGGCCUAUAAGUAUUUUCCCUCGGAUGUUCCCUGAAAUUACUCUUAUAAAUUUUGUGUUGAAAUGUUACUUCAAUUACUACAAUGUGUUAUCCAUUAAAAAUAAAUGUUCUUAUAUUUUGAUUUGUGUA